AUGGGUUGUGGAAUGAGUACCGAGGAUAAGGAGGGCAAGGCCCGCAACGAGGAGAUUGAGAACCAGCUCAAGCGGGACAAGAUGAUGCAAAGGAAUGAGAUUAAGAUGCUCUUGCUCGGAGCGGGAGAGUCGGGCAAGUCUACAAUCCUUAAACAGAUGAAAUUGAUCCACGAAGGCGGUUACUCGCGCGACGAAAGAGAAUCGUUCAAGGAAAUCAUCUACAGCAACACCGUCCAGUCGAUGCGUGUUAUUCUGGAGGCGAUGGAAUCACUCGAGCUACCCCUGGAAGAUGCUCGUAACGAAUACCACGUCCAGACCGUUUUCAUGCAACCCGCUCAGAUCGAAGGCGACAGCUUGCCAUCAGAAGUUGGCAACGCUAUUGGUGCCCUCUGGCUGGACGCCGGUGUGCAGGAGUGCUUUAAGCGAUCUCGCGAAUACCAGCUUAACGACUCGGCUAAAUACUACUUCGAUUCCAUCGAGCGCAUCGCGCAGGGUGACUACCUCCCGACCGACCAAGAUGUCCUUCGUUCCCGUGUCAAGACCACGGGUAUCACUGAAACGACGUUCAUUAUCGGCGAUCUCACCUACCGUAUGUUCGACGUCGGUGGUCAGCGCUCCGAGCGAAAGAAGUGGAUUCACUGUUUCGAGAACGUGACUACGAUCCUGUUCUUGGUCGCCAUCUCCGAGUACGACCAGCUGCUGUUCGAAGAUGAGACCGUCAAUCGUAUGCAGGAAGCGCUCACCCUGUUCGACUCUAUCUGCAACUCCCGCUGGUUCGUCAAGACUUCGAUCAUUCUCUUCCUCAACAAGAUCGAUCGCUUCAAGGAGAAGCUGCCUGUCAGCCCCAUGAAGAACUACUUCCCCGACUACGAGGGAGGUGCUGACUACGCCGCUGCUUGCGACUACAUCCUCAACCGUUUCGUGUCUCUGAACCAGGCCGAACAGAAGCAGAUCUACACACAUUUCACAUGUGCCACAGACACGACACAGAUCCGUUUCGUGAUGGCAGCUGUAAAUGAUAUCAUCAUUCAAGAGAACCUGAGACUCUGUGGUCUGAUUUAA